AUGAUUGAAGAUUUAGGUCUAAGCGAGCACGUAUCACCUAUAAAAGCAGACCAUCCAGCAGCCAAAAACAGAAUGAUAUAUGUAAACAAACACUUGCACGUCCUACCAUCAUCUGUAAUGAGCGUCUUGAAAACCAACGAACCGUUCUCCAAACCAUUAAUUUACGCACUCUUUAAAGAUAUUAAAUCACCACACAAAGCCCUAUCUGAUGACUCCAUCUACAAUUUUGUUGAACGUAGAUUUGGUAAAGAAAUAGCUGAUUAUGGCAUAUCGCCUAUGAUUUGUGGUAUUUGCGCAGGAGAUGCUAAAGAAAUAUCUGUCAAGUUUCUUAUGAAGACAUUGUUUGAAUGGGAGCAGAUUCAUGGGGGAGUUAUUAAGGGGUUGAUGAAAUCCAUGUUCAAUUCCAAACUCGAUGAAAAUUUGGAAUUAAGUGCUUUAGCAAAAAAAGCACAGGAAGAGAAAUGGAAUGUGUACACAAUUAAAGGUGGACUGGAAACAUUCCCAGCAUCAUUGCAAGACUAUUUAUUGGAAAACAAAGUAGAUAUUAAUAAACUGAAUAAAAUUGAAGAAAUUAAAUUUAUUGAUUCUGGAACUGUACAAUUAAAAAACGCUGAGGGUGUCAAAGUUACCGCUAGUCAUGUUUAUUCCUCAAUACCGGCUCAUGCUCUAGCUCAUCUAAUUGAGAAGCAGCAUCCAGAUCUAGCAAAAGACUUAAAAGAAAUUCCAUUUGUGACAGUAGGGAUAGUCAACUUAUAUUUUAAUUCAUCAAAAGAACUGAUUCAACCUGCAUUUGGUUUUCUGGUACCGCCUAUUGAGAACUCUCCAAUUUUAGGAGUUGUCUUUGAUUCUUGUUGCAUGCCAGAUCAGAAUGGCACUGUUUUAACUGCCAUGCUCGGUGGCAGAUGGUUUGAAGAGAAGUUUGGUAAAAAUAUAUCAAACGAGAAACUUCUGGAUAUUGCGUUAAAGGAAGUAGUCAGGAUAUUGAAUAUAAAAGAAGAACCCACCGCACAUAAUGUAAACAUCUUGAGACAAUGCAUACCUCAGUAUAUAGUAGGUCACUAUGAGAGAGUUGAUAAAAUAAGACAGUACAUUCAAGAUCAUAAUCUGCCGAUAUCCCUGAUAGGAAGUAGUUACGAUGGAGUAGGUAUAAAUGAUGUAAUAUAUUCCGCUAAGACACAAGUUAUGGGCCAAACGUACUGUAAGAAUGUGCAUGUUGAAACAUAG